AUGGAGCAAAAAAAAUUGCCCUUGGCCAGUCAGCGCCAUCCCCGAACUGGCUACACCCUCAAGUUUUAUGGCACUCGCGCCCGAUCCACCCUAGGGUGCCUCUGCUGCCGCAGAAGAAAAAAAAAGUGCGAUGAAAAGUAUCCUACGUGCUCCGGUUGCGAGAAAAGAGACUUGAAGUGUGAGUGGCCGGAGAAGCCGAAGAAUGGAGUGAAGAAGACGAUUGCAAAAACCCAGUCACAGCCAGCGAAGCAGGAUCUUCAGAUGACUUUGACAUCGCCUAUUUCUCCAGACUCCUGUAUCGAUCCUCAGUUGCCGCUUGACCAUCUGAUCUCCUUAUCUUCUAAACUGUCACCAGAUCUCUUUGAGUUGUUCCAUCUACCGUAUGAUAAUAUGCUCUUCGGACGGGCUCUUCCCCAGCUUGACGAGACUGGGUUUGAGUAUCUUCUGCAUUACAGUGACGCAUUCUGCUCCUCUAUACCCAUAGGCACCGAUGCGCUGAACUAUUUCCUCAAGACGUUCAUGCACUUGGCCCAGUCGAGAGACUCCAUCCUCUAUGCCUUGUGUGCCUGGGGUGGGUUUUACUUGCAACUACGGGAUAAGCUGUCCAUAGAGUAUGCAAAGCCUUGGAAUUACAUGCAAAAGGCAGCCAAAUUGAUUUGUAAAGAAAUUGGCGACAACUUGACACCGCUGACCAACGAGGAUUUCUUCGUGUUAUUUGCAUUCUACUUAAUUUUCAUUGGCAUAGAAGUCACCACAGGUGAUGUGUGUCACUGGGGAGGGUUUAUGACCCAGUGCUCAAACUUGAUAAACUCGUUUGGCGGGUUGGCUGCUGUAUGCCAAAUGUUUCUGAAUAACAACGAUAUUAAAUGGCUUUUACACAACUUCCAGUUCCACGACUUGCUUUCACUGAACGCUCUACGCAAGGGUACAUUUAUUCCCAUUGAGGAAUAUAAGGACGUUUUGAAAGAGGACGUCGACUACGGUAUUGAUCCAUUGCAGGGAGCCUUGGGCAGAGUGUAUAACCUUUUUGGGGAAAUUGGUAACGCUCAGGUAAGACUCAGGCGGCAAUGGAAUGAACUUCAGGACGCCCUUCCAAUCAUCAAUGACGAAAGAUGCAUUGAAUACGAAGACGCUCGAAGAAAUUAUUUCGAAGAUGUUCGAGCGACGUUCAAGGAAUUUUCUGUAAAAAUCGAGACUUGUCAGCCCAGCGAACUACACUUAGAAAUUCUAGAGAGUAAUCCGUUUGAUUUAGCUCUUCAGACAAAGCUAUUCCAGCUCUACGUGCUCAUAUGUCAGAUCCAUCUUCACACUGGUGUGAUUCACCUGCCUCCAGCGCUGUUCCAGCAACAAGAUUUGCUUUUUCGGGCUUUAGAACUAAUUGAUGAGCUCAUAGAGACUCGAAUGGUGGUUCUGUUGUCACUACUGCUUUUGGUUUGUGGAAUUACUUGUUGCACAGAUUACGACAGGGAGAGGAUGAGGGAGAGGUUCAAAAAGGCCCAGUCGACUUAUUUCGUACAGAAUUUAACAAGAAUUGAAGAAACUGUCGAGGAAGCUUGGGUACGCAAUCCCGACGGCAGUGCCGUUGUGGACUGGGCUGCACUCGCGGAAGAGAAAGGAUGGAAUCUCUACGUUGGAUGA